CCCGCGAAGGCUCGGCUGCUGAGUAUUAAUCACAUCACGCUGAUAACUCUAGUAGAUUUAGCAUUGCGUUGCGUCAUAAAUAUUCACGAGCGACUCCUUCACCAUAGUAGGACGGGUACAUUCGGGUUCCCGGCCCCGCCUCCCACUCUUCCCAGCGUCUGUGUGUUUGUAACUGAGUGUGUGUGAACUCCUUGAGCAUUCACGAUCGCCUCUAAUCACUGAUCUCCAAUCAAACACUAAACCCAGCUACGCAGAAACGCUGCAGAAAACGCAGAUAAUGGAAUACCGGUUUUCCGAAUCUAUGCCCAAAUGAACACUGAUGGAUUAAUUCGGGAGUAAUAUACAUCAAUCGCACGAUUGCCAACUGUGGAACUUUGACUGAAUCGAUGCAAAAUGGCUUCAGAUAAUACACACCGUAGUUACUCCAUCAUACCAUGCUUCAUAUUUGUGGAGUUGGUGAUCAUGGCCGGGACGGUGCUGCUGGCAUACUACUUUGAAUGCACAGACACGUUUGGGAUCCAUAUCCAGGGUUUCUUCUGUAAUGACGCUGAUCUGAUGAAGCCGUACCCCGGGGUGGAGGAGAGCAGCUUCAUCCCUCCUCUCAUCCUCUACUGCGUGGUGGCCGCAGCGCCCACAGCCAUCAUAUUUGUUGGGGAGAUUUCCAUGUAUAUCAUGAAGUCCACUAGAGAAGCCCUCAUAGCCCAGGAGAAAACCAUUGUGACGGGCGAGUGCUGCUAUCUAAACCCUCUCAUCCGCAGAAUCAUUAGGUUUAUUGGUGUCUUUGCAUUUGGCCUGUUCGCCACUGACAUCUUUGUCAACGCCGGCCAGGUAGCGACUGGCAAUCUGGCGCCGUACUUCCUGAGCGUCUGCAAGCCAAAUUACACGGGGAUGGAUUGUCGCUUCAACCACCAGUUCAUUGCCAAAGGAAACAUCUGCACUGGGAACCAGGGGGUGGUGGAGAGAGCCAGGAGGUCCUUCCCAUCCAAAGACGCUUCGCUCAGUGUCUACUCAGCCGUCUACGUUACUAUGUACAUCACGAGCACCAUCAGGACGAAAAGCAGCCGUCUGGCCAAGCCUGUUCUUUGUCUGGGAAUCCUAUGCGCUGCUUUCCUCACGGGCCUGAACCGGGUGUCAGAAUACCGCAAUCACUGCUCCGACGUUAUUGCUGGAUUCAUUUUAGGAAGCGCCAUAGCUCUUUUUCUGGGAAUCUGUGUAGUGAACAACUUCAAAGGGAAUCCCUUCCCUCCUACCAAACAGAAGCAGGAGGAUUACCGCGGUCUUCCCAUGAUGACAUUCCCCCGUGUGGAAAGCCCUCUCGAGACACUCAGCGCACAGAACCAUUCGGCGUCCAUGACUGAAGUCACAUGACUAAGGGGGCAGCACAGAGUCACGUUCGCGUCACCUCAACUCUUCUAGGCACAAAAA